AUGGGGACAGUGGUACAGAGUGGGUCCAGGGUCCUACCCUGGGUGGCCUGGCUGCUCCUGGUGCUCCCUGUCACGGCCACUGGGCCUGAGGUCACACAGCCUGAAGUGGACACCACCCUGGGCCGCGUGCAAGGCCGGCAGGUGGCCGUGAAGGGCACAGACCGCCUGGUGAAUGUCUUCCUGGGCAUCCCGUUCGCCCAGGCACCGCUGGGGCCCGGCCGGUUCUCAGCCCCACGCCCGGCACAGCCCUGGCAGGGUGUGCGGGGCGCCAGCACUGCCCCUGCCAUAUGCCUGCAAGACCUGGAGAGAGGGGAAAAUAGCAGAUUUGUGUUGAAUGGAAAGCACCGGCUCUUCCCUGUUUCAGAGGACUGCCUCAUCCUCAACAUCUACACCCCAGCUGAGGCCGCUGCAGGGGCUGGCCGGCCGGUCAUGGUGUGGUUCCAUGGAGGCUCUCUGGUGGCUGGCGCUGCCACCUCCCAAGACAGGUCAGCCCUAGCUGCCUACGGGGAUGUGGUAGUGGUCACUGUCCAGUACUGUCUGGGCUUCCUCGGCUUCCUCAGCACUGGCGACGAGCAUGUGCCCGGCAACUGGGGCUUCCUAGAUGUCGUGGCUGCUCUGCAGUGGGUGCGGGGGAACAUCUCCCCCUUUGGAGGUGACCCCAACUCUGUCACCAUCUCAGGCACCUCUGCUGGCUCCUGCAUCGUCUCUGCCCUGGUCCUGUCCCCUCUGGCCACAGGACUGUUCCACAGAGCCAUCGCACAAAGUGGAGUCAUCACCACCCCAAGGUUACUGGAUUCUAACCCAAGCGUCCUGGCUCAGGGCUUCGCAGACUCCCUGGGCUGCUGCUCCGCCUCCUCGGCUGAGGUGAUGCAGUGCCUUCGGCAGACGCCAAACAAAGAGCAGAUCCUUAGCGUAAAGACGAACAUGACAGCUUUCUACACUGUUGAUGGAACCUGCUUUCCCAAGAGCCCCAUGGAACUCUUGAGGGAAAGACACUUCCACUCUGUGCCCUUCCUCAUGGGGUUCAACAAUCAUGAGUUUGGCUGGCUCAUCCCCAAGGGCUGGGGUUUCCUGGAUAGGAUGGAACAGUUGAGCAAAGAAGAAAUAUUGGUCCUAGUGAGACCCUACUUGGCCAAUUUGGAUGUGCCCCCUGAGGUGAUGCCCAGCAUUAUAGACGAAUACCUAGGCAGCAUUUCCGACAGAGAAGCCAAACGCAAUGCUUUCCAGGAGUUUCUGGCUGACAUGAUCAUCAUCUUACCUGCCGUGAAUUUCUCUAGAAGCCUCCAAGAUUCCGGAGUCCCCAUCUUUUUCUAUGAGUUCCAGCAUCGACCCAGUUCUUUCGCGAAGAUCAAGCCGGAGUGGGUGAGGGCUGACCAUGGUGCUGAGAUAGCCUUCAUGUUCGGGGGUCCUUUCCUCAUGGACGAGAGCUCCCUGCUAGCCUUUCCAGAAGCUACAGAGGAGGAGAAGCAGCUGAGCCUCACCAUGAUGGCUCAGUGGACCCAGUUUGCCAGGACAGGGGACCCCAAUGGUGAGGGGCUGCCUCUGUGGCCCUCCUACAACCAGCUGGGGCAAUACCUGGAAAUCAGCCCGACACCACGAGUUGGCCACAAGCUGAGAGAAGCCCGAAUGCAUUUCUGGACGGAGAUGCUUCCUGCCAAGAUCCAGCAGUUGCAGCAAACACAGAAGGGCAGGAAGGCCCAGGGGGAGCUCUGAGGGGUGGCACAGUCCCAGCAACGCAGCUUCUUCCUCCCUCUGCUAAGAAACUUUAGCUUAAAGCAAGCUGAUGUACAGACAUGUCCCUGAAAGAAUCAGUCCCUCCACGACUGGCAUUGUGCUCUGUUGAAAUGUCACCUGCUGCCUUCUGCAAGGGCCUUUGUACAGAUUCUUCCGUCUUCCUGAAGUGCCUUUCUCCCUUACUUCAUGGUUAGUCACAGCUUAUUCUUCAAGCCGGGGAUCCCCCUCCUCCAAGAAGCUUUCCCU